GAGACACUUAGAUAAAUGGAUUCCAGGCUGUGGAUCAUAUUCCUUUUCGUUGCCUCGUUGGCUGGAGAGGCCUCGUCAUGCUUCUGUGAUCACUAUCCAUGGACUUCCUGGUCCAGCUGUUCCAAGACAUGUGAUCAUGGGACCCAGAGAAGAUCAAGGACUAUCUCCUAUGAUGAAUAUUACAGGAAACAUAACUGUGGCUCAUUUUGCACAACGUAUGAGACCAGAUCAUGCAAUGAACAGGCCUGUCCAAUCAACUGCAAGCUUGGGGAUUUUGGGCCUUGGUCUGAUUGUGAUCCCUGCCUCAAAAAACAAUUUCGCACGCGGUCACUGGAACGUCCCUCUCAGUUUGGCGGGGAAGACUGCACGGGAGCAUUAGUGGAAUCCAGGAUAUGCGUGCCUUCAAAACUAUGCAAAAUAGAGCAGCUGGAAUGUACUAGGAAAUUUCAGUGCUCCACAGGUCGAUGCAUUCCCUUGAACCUUAAGUGCAAUGGAGACAAUGACUGCGGAGACAAUUCAGAUGAAAGGGGAUGUCGAAAAAUAGAACCAAGAAGAAGCUUUGAGCCCAUACCUGGUAUUCAGCUAAUGGGAAAUGGGUUUAAUUACUUAUCCGGCGAGAGCAGGGGAGAAGUCCUUGAUAACUCUUUUUUUUGUGGAAAAAUGGAUAUAGUUUCUGGGAACGGCACUGGACAGAACAGGAAGCUAUAUCGUCUUUCCGCCAACCUCGAUACCUUUAAAUUUGAGCUGAGAAACGAAGAGGAUGAUGCCGUGCCCACCUUGUACAAUAGCCUGAUUGAUUUUGAUAAAGAAAACAGAAGGACUGGAUCAUCUCAGUCUUCAAGACGUGGGUCUGGUGGGAUUCCCCUGCUGUUUCACAGGAAAAGCAACACAAGAGUUACGUCAUCUUCAUCCUUCAGAGAAGCCGUAGAAGCCUCCCGUGAGCAGAGUUCUAAAUUUAUAAGAAUCAAUAAGGUGAUCUCAGUGUCAGACUUUACAAUGAAAAAGGACAAUCUCUGGCUAUCAGAUGUCUUCCUAAAGGCUCUUAAUCACCUGCCACUGGAAUAUAACUAUCCUCUUUAUAGCAGAAUAUUUGAUGAUUUUGGGACCCAUUACAUCACAGCUGGCUCAAUGGGUGGUUCCUAUGACCUUCUCUAUCAGUAUAGUUCUGAAAACUUGAAAAGUUCAGGUUUAACUGAUGAAGAGUCACGUGAAUGUAUCAGGACUGAAAUCACUUACCGAGUAUUUUUUAGGAAGAAAAGAAAAGUCAGGGAGUCAUGCACGACUAACAAGAUGUCUGAGCGUUAUGGAGGCUCAUUUGUGCAGGCCUCAGAAAAAUCUAUCUCUUUAAUAAAAGGAGGGAGAGCAGAAUAUGCUGCAAAAUUAGCAUGGCAGAGGCAAGAAACGUUUCCUGAAAAUACUGUGUUUGAAGAGUGGGUUAAAUCCACCAUUGACAAUCCAGUUGUUGUAGAUUUCGAGUUGGCACCAAUUCUGGAUUUAAUUACUGGUAUCCCGUGCGCCGUGACAAAGAAACGCAAUCUCCAGAGAGCAUUUGCCAAAUAUUUGGAGACCUUUGACCCAUGCAUUUGCACACCAUGCCCAAAUAAUGCCAGGGUUGUCUUAUCAGGCACUGAGUGUCUGUGCAUAUGUCAGCCUGGGACAUAUGGAGGUAACUGUGAAAAGAGGACUCCAGACUAUAAAUCAGUUGUAGUUGAUGGGGCCUGGAGCUGCUGGAGGGCAUGGAGCUCAUGUGAUGGAGCAUUUACCAGAAGAAGAACAAGGCAAUGUAAUAACCCCUCACCGCGUAAUGGGGGAAAGACUUGCGAGGGUGAGGCAACUCAGGAAGAAGACUGUAAUAUCUCAGUGUUUGAAGAUACAGGAGCUCUGUGUAUUAAUGAAGGAGAUAAAAAGGAAAUUGACCGGGAACAACUCGAGCAUGAUACUGGGUGCCCUAAACCUGAUCUUCCAGGGAACGCCUUUCUUACAAAUGAAAAGAAUUGGUACGAUUUGGCGGAACAGAUUGAAAUAGCUUGUGUUUCGGGAUAUGAACUAUCUGGAUAUCCAUUCCUAAGGUGUCUUCCUGAUGGCACAUGGAAGCAAGAAGAUGUAGAGUGUGUUAAAACAACCUGUCCCCGGCCAAAAGCAUCGGAAGAUAUAACAAUAUACGUGUUUAAAACGGAGUAUAAAGUUGGAGAAAGCAUUCGCGUGAGCUGUCCCCGUGACUUUGCCAUUGUUGGUUCAGCCAGCUAUACCUGCGGCAGGGACCUUGCAUGGAACCCACCCAUUCUUAGACAACUUACUUGUGAAAAAGAGAAACAGAAGGUAAUUCAAGGAAACUGCAAUCCAGGACAAAAGCAGGUGGGCUCGGACUGUAUAUGUAUGUCUCCUGAGACAGACUGUGGGCAUUUUACUGAAGAUCUCUGCAUUUUUGACGCAGCUUCUCAGAAUCCUGUUACUAUGUCCCGUUGCAAAUUUUUAGCUGAAAACUGCCUGGGUCAUAAAAAGCUGCAUUUUCUGGAUAAUGGUCCCUGCAAAAGAGACCAAUUGGACUGGUACCGCGCCAGGACAUCUCUGGCUGUGAACAGCAAAAAGAAGGAGCCUUGUGGAUAUGAUUUCUGUUAUGACUGGGAGCAAUGUUCAGGGUCCGAGUGCUUCUGCAUACUUCCACCCCAGUGCCCCCUUAAUGCUGAAGUACAAUAUUGUGCCAAAGUUGGAUCUGCAGGAAGACAAAGGACCAUCAGUCUCUGUUCUCUGGGUGCUAUAAAGUGCACCAGUGCCAAGGUGGAAGUACUGUAUGAUGGUGCCUGUUCCAGCACAAAGUGAACCAAUAACUGAGCAACUGCAAUAAACAUAUUGUCAUAUUGUAAUAUUUUUAUAAUAUGCUGAAUUACAUUUUUAUGGAAGAAAA